AGUCACUAUGAAAAGAUAGUAGAAGCACUCUGUAUAUUCCUUCUCUCAUAAGAAAACAUAAUAAUAUCAUAGUAUAAGUAACCCAUCCAAUUUCCAAUCCUAAGGCAGCUAACAUCAAACACUAAGCACAGAAUUUAGAAGCGAUGUUUGCCACAACACCACGGUCUUUAUACCGUAAUUUCUCAAAAGCACUUUCGAAACCUCCUGCAAAUCCUCCAACUGUUACAGGGUAUUUAGUACUUACUGAUGAAGAUUCAGAAGAAAUGGAUACUUUUUGCUGGGGAAUAUGCAAGCACAGUAGUAUAACCAAGCUCCCAUUUUCUCAGGACAGAGUUUUGAAAGUUGUUCAUAAUCCAGAGUUUGGUGAGCCUAGUGUUCAUAAAGUCUGGUUCUUGCCCGUUCUUGAUCAACCUCUAGCAUCUAACCGCUACUAUGUUAUCAAAGCCAAAGGCAGACACAAAGGGCGGGCUUAUACAUCUUGGAAAGAAGCAGAUAUGGAUAGUUGUUUCUUUGACAAUUCGAUGAAUGAUCUAAACCCAAAGCCUUUUAAUCACAAAGACCCAUAUCAGCAAUUUGAGAUUUGUCCCUACGAUUUUGGUGGUUUUUAUGCUAAAUCUGUAGCCUAUGAUGGAGUUCCUCCAAAAUUCCUCAGGAAAAAAGGGUGGCACGUUAAUAGUGUCCAGUCACUUAAAGUCAAUUUGAGAGAAGCUCAAGGCCUACAAUUAUCCUCUCAAUUACCAUCUGAUUCAGAUACCCCUGAAUUAAAUAUUCCAGCAUCUUCCAAACGUUCAGUUCCAGUAAUUCUUGGCAAAUGGUAUUGUCCAUGUGUGCUAGUAAAAGAGAGAAAUAUUAGAACUAAAGAACAGAUGAAUAAAUCUUUGUUCUAUGAGGUGACUCUUAAGUGUUGGUGGGAGCAAAUAUUUUCUUGUGAGAAUCAAACAAGACGAAACAAAGCACACGUGGAAGUCGAUGCACGUGUGAGAAAGUUGUUAACUUUAAUCAGUGGGACAGAAGCUGUAAAAGAUGAAGAAGGAAGUGGAGGUUUUGUUUGGUACAGAGUGAAAGAGGAAUAUAGAAAGAAAUGUACAGUGGAGAAAGUAGGAUUGAGUUGUGCUAUUGUUGAGAAAAUGAGAUGGAUGCAAGAAAGAAGGGGAUGGUUUGAUGGAGGAGAGAGUGAUGUAAGAGUGGAAGGUGUAGAAGAGAUAGAAAGUGAGAAUGGGUAUUGGACAAAGUUUAGUUGUUAUGUUUUGGUGGAGAGCUUUGUGUUUAGGAGAAUGGAUGGGAGUUUGUUAAUCAACUUCAAUUUCAAGAACACUCAGAAAAUUGUGUGCCAGUGGGAAUGAGGACAUACAUCUAUAAGAAUAUGUUGAAUAUGUACAUGUUAAUGUAUUUUUGGCUUAUUCCACUUCUGUAUGUAGACUUCUGUUGGCGUUCUGCUUCUCACUGUUGUCUCCGCUAAAGAUGAAUAAUAACAACACAGUGCCUCUUUUUGUAUAA